GGGAGCCCACCCGCCGCUCUCUGUGGGGAGGGGGCACCCAGACGGGGUCUGACUUUAGGGGUCCUCCCAUGGCAUCACAGGAGAGGGUGGAGGCAGUGACCAAAGGAACAGUGUUCUGGCGCUGCCCCAAGCCGGUCACUUACACCCCGGGGACCUGCGAGCUGCUCAGAGUAAUGAUGAAGGAAUCCAAGUUGACUAACUUCCAGCAGCGUCACAUCAUGGACACCAUGAAAAGAGGAGACACUUUGCCCCUACAGUGCAGCCCAACAUCCAGCCAGAGGGUCUCACCUUCCAAGCAGCCAGCCUCACCCAUCUACCUACCUCCUAUCCUGGCGGCUCGGUCCCACCUCCGGCCUGCCAGCAUAUGCCAAGCCAAUGGGGCCUACAGCCGGGAGCAGUUCAAACCUCAAGCCACCAGAGAUCUGGAGAAGGAGAAAUUAAGACUCCAAAAUAUCUUUGCCACUGGGAAAGACCCUGAGGAACGGAAAAGAAAGACCCCUCCUGUGCAACAGCAGGACCCAGUCCCUGAGCUAGACCGGUUUGACGAAUUGGUGAAAGAGAUCCAGGAGAGGAAAGAGUUCCUGGCUGAUAUGGAGGCCCUGGGACAGGGCAGGCAGUACCGAGGAAUUGUCCUUACUGAAAUCUCCCAGAAACUACGAGAAAUGGAAGACAUUGACCACAAGAGGAGUGAGGAACUUAGGAAGGCUCUUGCCACCACUUAAUCUGUCUCCAGAGACAGGGGCAGGGUAGCCCAACCUCGACCACCAGAGCCCACCCCUCGUC